AUGGGCGAUAGAUACUCCUUCUCCCUCACUACCUUUUCUCCUUCUGGAAAACUGGGCCAGAUUGAGCAUGCUCUCACAGCUGUUUCGCAAGGCAUUACCUCUAUUGGUAUCAAAGCCAAAAAUGGUGUUGUUAUUGCUACCGAAAAGAAGAUUCCUUCCAUUUUAGUUGAUGAUUCUACCCUGGCUAAAGUCUCGCCCAUCUCUGCCAACAUUGGUAUGGUUUAUUCUGGCAUGGGUCCUGAUGCUCGUCUAUUACUCGACAAGGCUCGCAAAUCUAGUCAAGAGUACAAGCGGAUCUAUUGCCAAGAACCUCCGACUGCUAUGCUGGUCAAGGAAGUUGCCAGUGUUAUGCAAGAGUACACACAGUCUGGUGGUGUACGACCUUUUGGUGUUUCUCUUCUUAUUGCCGGUAUUGACGAAACUGGGCCUACUCUUUAUCAAGUAGAUCCAUCUGGCUCAUAUUGGGCAUGGAAGGCAUCGGCGAUUGGCAAGAAUAUGGUCAAUGCUCGUACUUUUCUUGAAAAAAGAUACAAUGAGACAAUGGAGAUCGAAGAUGCUAUUCACACAGUCAUUCUUGCUCUUAAAGAAGGCAUUGAAGGAAAAGUGGCAGAUACCAACAUUGAAAUUGGUGUUUGUCAGCAAAAAGAAACCAUCAACCGUGACGGAGAAAAGGUUUCUGUCGGUACUUUCCGUUCGUUGUCGGCUUCUGAAAUUAAAGACUAUCUCGCUAAUAUCCAGUAA